AUGGACAAGAUCCUGAAAGCAUCAUUUUUAGUCCUGGUCCUUCACCUAGCCUGGGUGAGUGGCCAGCAGCAGGAGACACAUGACCAGCAGCAGGUGAGACAAAGUCCCCAAUCUCUGACAGUCUCGGCAGGAGGGACUUCAGUUCUGAACUGCACUUAUGAGAAUAGUGCAUUUGACUACUUCCCAUGGUACCGGCAGUUCCCUGGUGAAGGUCCUGCAUUCUUGAUAGGCAUAAAUUCAGUGUCAAAUAAAAAGGAAGAUGGAAGAUUCACAGUCUUUUUCAGUAAAAGCACAAAAGAGCUUUCCUUGCACAUCACAGAUUCUCAGCCUGGAGACUCAGCCACCUACUUCUGUGCAGCAAGUGCACAGUGCUCUCCAGGCACCUGCAGCCCAUACCCAAACAUGCAGCGGAGGCUCCAGCAAAAGCCCGCUGUGGGGCUGAGCCUGGCAGAGGUACAGAAAGGUUUUCAUUUGCAGGAGCAGGUGACAGGAUCCAUUUUGGGCCAGAAAGUGACUCAAGUCCAAUCUACCGCAAGCACACGGGAGGGGGAAGAAAUCACCCUGGACUGUUCAUAUGACACAAGUUGGAACUUUUAUUAUCUUUUUUGGUACAAGCAGCUUCUUAGUGGAGAGAUGAUUUUCCUUAUUCGCCAGUUUUCUUCUUCUACUCAGACGGAGAGAAGAAGUCGCUACUCUGUUGUCUUUUGGAAAUCAGCCAAGUCCAUCAGGCUUGUCAUUUCAGCCUCACAGCUAGAAGAUUCAGUGAAGUAUUUCUGUGCACUCUGCGAACCCACUCACAGUGUUUGA